AUGGUGGGAUCGGCGACCCAGGGCCCCCCCCCCCUGCCCAAGCAGAUCGGCGACCCAGGGCCCCCCUGCCCAGGCAAAUCGGCGACCCAGGGCCCCCUCCCCCUGCCCAAGCAGAUCGGCGACCCAGGGCCCCCUCCCCCUGCCCAGGCAAAUCGGCGACCCAGGGACCCCCCCCCCUGCCCAAGCAGAUCGGCGACCCAGGGACCCCCCCCACCUGCCCAGGGCCCCCUGCCCAGGCAAAUCGGCGACCCAGGGACCCCCACCUGCCCAAGCAGAUCGGCGACCCAGGGACCCCCCUGCCCAAGCAGAUCGGCGACCCAGGGCCCCCCUGCCCAGGCAAAUCGGCGACCCAGGGACCCCCCUGCCCAAGCAGAUCGGCGACCCAGGGACCCCCUCCCUGCCCAAGCAGAUCGGCGAACCAGGGACCCCCUCCUGCCCAAGCAGAUCGGCGACCCAGGGACCCCCCCCCCCCCCCCCCCCCCCCUGCCCAAGCAGAUCGGCGACCCAGGGACCCCCCUCCCCAAGCAGAUCGGCGACCCAGGGACCCCCCUCCUCCUCCUGCCCAAGCAGAUCGGCGACCCAGGGACCCCCUCCCCCCUGCCCCUAUCACAUGUUAGCAAAACAAAUAAAAACGUCUUGUCUUUUCAUCGAGUGAACGAUAAUGGCAGGUAG